CGGCAGCGGGCAAUUAGCGGGAACCUCCUCCCGCGAUCGCAUCCACCCGCCACGACCACCCACCUGUGCAAAAGUCUCUGCGAGUUAUUAAUCGCGGGAUCAAUCCAAUCCGGCGAAUCAUCACGGACGGGAUGAUCCCGUGCGCGUCGCAGCCCAAGCCACUCGAUUAGUGGAGUCCACCAACCAAUCACGCCUGCCUCCUUCCCCGUCCCAGAUCCCAAUCCCCAGCAGGCCUGCCAGUCGGAUCCGUCUCCGGCUCUCCGCAUCUCCCCGCUCCACCGUUCGCGCUCCUCGGGCAAGCCAUGGAGGGUCUCAUCAAGGGGUUGGUCCACGUGGCGAUCGACGCCGUCGAGGACGCCGUGCGGGACCGGGGCCACGGCGGCGGCGACGACAACGACGAGGCGCCGAGGAGGGGGGCGCCCCAGCGCGCCGACCCGGACGCCGACGGGGAGGAGGACCGCGACGAGCGGUCGCGGUCCACGUGGGCCGAGGUCGUCUCCGAGCACAAGGGCGGCGGGCCGGACGACGAGCGCCGGGACCAUCGGAAUGCUGGGCGGGACAAGAGGCAUGAGAGGAGGGAUGACGAGGGUUGGGAGAGGGUCGGCGGCCGGAACCAGCAGCACCACGGAGGACGGCAGAACCAGGUUUACGAUGGAGACGACAGGAGGGAUGGCAGCAGCGGGCGGCCGCAGCAACAGCAGCAGUCACAAGGAUACGGGAGGCAGCAGCAGGAAGGAGAGAGGAUAAAUGAUGGAGGUUGGCAGACCGUCGGUGAGAAAAAGAACCAUGGAAGACCACAGCAGUCUGAAGCAUGGAAUGGAUACAGAAAGCCACCGUCAGAACAACAAUACUCUGAGGAUGUCGAUCACCAAGGAGUCAAUGUGGAGCCUACCAGGGAGGAGCUGAAUAGCUUAUCGAAAGCAUGCAGCAGACUAUGGGAGCUCGAUAUGAGCCGCUUAGUUCCUGGUAAGGACUACAGAAUCGACUGUGGUGAGGGAAAGAAAGUUUAUCAGAAGGGUGAUAUGGCAUCCGAAAACUUGUUCUGCUGGCUAGGUGAUGAUGUGUUACGAAAGCCCACCUACUCUCGUUUUUGUGCACUUCUUGAUAACUACAACCCACACCAGGGUUACAAGGAAGUUGUUACCCAGCAGGAUAAGCACGAAGAAGUAGCAUUCAUUGAAGAGAUUGCCAGAACAGCACCAAUUAAGUAUUUACACCGCUACUUAGUGCAGAAGGGGGAAGUAUCUCAGGACUAUGAGGACUUCAAGAGAAUGCUGGCAUCCCUAUGGUUUGAUUUGUAUGGAAGAGGUGGCAACACUAACUGCUCUUCUGCCUUCGAGCAUGUGUUUGUUGGUGAGAUCAAAGGACGGGGACAAGGAGAGAAUGAGGUCUCAGGCUUCCAUAACUGGAUUCAGUUUUACCUAGAAGAAGCCAAGGGAAAUGUGGACUACCAAGGUUAUAUAUUCCCAAGACGUCGCGGUGAAUCGCCUGAUUCAGAGACACAGCUGCUGACUGUUCAAUUUGAGUGGCACGGUGUGCUGAAAUCAGUAUCCAGCACGUUGAUUGGUGUCAGUCCUGAGUUUGAGGUUGCACUCUACACAUUGUGCUUCUUUGUUGGAGGGGAAGAUAACCGUGUCGAUAUCGGUCCGUACACUGUGAACAUCAAGUGCUACCGGUUGGGGAAGAACAAGAUUGGGUCCGCCUUUCCCAUUGCAGAGAACUGAUUAUUUGGUGGUCUGCUUCUGCAGUAGACCAAUGGACGGUCUGCUCAGAUGUCAGCACAAGAACGCCUUGGUCAUAGGAAAAUGGUGUUACUGAAAAUCAGCACUACGUUUCAGCUUCUAGGUAUUAAAAGUGAAGCCAUUAUUGUUUCACGGAAAAAAAGAGUUAUUGAUAUUUUGUCAAAGUUUCCAGACUGAAUUUGUGAACCCACAAAAUAUGCUAACCAGAGAGGCAUCUACUGCCAUUCUGUCAAACAUUUGACUCAGCUGCUUCAGACUUUCCCAUUCAAUCGUUUACUUAUGGAAUGAGUCCAAUCUUUUUUUCA